ACGCGACGCAAAACAACAGCAACGGCGCGGCUGAGUUCCAGCAGGAAAAGUCCAAACACCGGCGUUUUAAAAGCGGCGGGUAGGAGAAUCUGUGACUGGACUUGGAAACGUCUUCAGGAUCGAGAAGUAUCAUUUGUUGCAGAUUCAGAUGGACUCUGUAUUGAAGGAUAGCAUAAUGGGAAGCUUAAGUCAGCCUCCUAACAAUACUCAUGGGACAGAAUUUCUGCAGUCCAAAUCCUUACUACCCCGGAGCACAGCAUCCUCAAAUUCCUAUUAUAUUCUCCAGGCACCAAACAGCAAAGCUCUUGUUCAGGCACUGAAGACUCUUCAGGAGAAGAUUUCCCGCCUUGAAAUGGAGGAAUCACAAACUCGUGAUCGUUUAAAAAGCUUAUCUAGUGAGGCUGCUGAGCGCAAGACGAUGUUGGAUUCUGCCAGGGAAAACAAGGACCCUUCUCAUAAUGAAGAGUCACUUCAGAAAAAUGAUGUAAAUACCAAGCUACAAGCAACGCAAGAGCGUUGCUCGUUAUUAGAAAAGCAGCUGGACUACAUGCGAAAAAUGGUUCAGAAUGCUGAAAUGGAAAAGCACACAACGAUAGAACAGACAUUGCCUCCGCAGGAAAACACACAGCAUAAGGAAGUGCAUGUAAAGCUGUCCAAGCUCGACCUUCUGCAACAGGAAUGUCUAAGGCUCUCGCAUACUCACAGAAGUGCAGAGAGCAAAAUUCAGCAGCUGGAGCAACAACUGUCUGUAGAGGAACAGCAAAGGAAACUACUGCAAAAUAAAGCAGCCGAAUUGCAAACUGGAUUAGAAGUGAACAGAAUUUUACUAUCUUCAGCCCAAAAGAUACCUCCCAGAAAAAUAAAAAAAAAGAAGCAAGUGAAGACGAAAGCUGCUCUUAGUAAGGAUCCUGUUAAACAAGUUUACCCAAAGGCUGGACAGCUCCCAUUUGUAGCUGGAAAGUCUACAAGUUCCAGUCAUUCUCUGAGUGCAAAUGUGCAAGCUGUUUUGCACAUGAUGAAACAUCAUAAUCCUCGACUCAACCAGGAGCACCGUAAGGGCACUGUAGUGGACAAAGGUUUUAGACGUUUGCCUCCUGGUCGCAUCAUGACCAGGCCUUCAGCUCUCUCCACGGGUGACAGUCUGACUGACAUUCUCCUGGCUUUGCAAGAUGAACUGGGGCAAAUGAGCUUGGAGCAUCAGGAGCUUCUAAAGAUGAUACAUGAAACCGAAGACAAUGAGGCACGUGAAGAUCUAGAGCGUGAAAUGGAAUGUCUUGUUAAGCAAAUGGAAACUAAAAGUGACCAAAUACUCAAGCUGAAACGGCAUCAGGAGCAUGCUAAAAAAAAGAAACCUACUCUACCUGUAAAAGGAUGUUCUGCUACUAUGAAGCCACCUGUGGCAGUAGAGCGUGUCAACAGUGACACUCUGAGCACCCCCAGGGUAAAGCCGGGAGCUCCAGCAAGAAGUACUGUGACUCCCACAAGCAAACCAACACUCCAACUGCUGAAAAAUGUGCAAAAAAUUCAGAUGACAUUAAAGAAAGAUGACAUAAUGUGGGUGAAAUAAUAUUUUUGUUUUACAUGUUGUGCUUUUGUUUGUAAGGUGUCUGAUCUUAAUAUAUGAAUAUUUUAUUAUUUUAAUAAAGAUUUUAUAUUGUGUGUAUAAGAAA